AUAUGGAGGACAUUGUUUCCGAGCUAUAGCUUGUGUGACCUGUCGGGCUGGACAGCCAGCUGGCUUUGUGGCUUCUCUUCAGUUGAUGUGGAAUAUAGUAUGGAUUAAAAUCGUUUUGGAACCUGUCAAGAUGUGACCAUGUGGAAGUGACCAUACAGAUCAACACUGUUGUGGAUUCAUCAGGGGGGAACAUAUACCAAAACUGUAGAUUUUCUUGGAUAGAGAAAUUUUGAUGAGUACAUUCGGGUCGUUCGUGAUGAUAUAUGGACAGGUGGUGUCACGAUGAUAGUGUGAACGUACCUGUAAAAACAAAGGGUAUACAAACCAGUGGCCAGAAUGCCGCUAUAUCAGAGUGACCGCUAGUCCCAGCAUUUCACUGGCAGUGUGAAUGAUAGAAGACCAAGGGACUGAUCUACGACCUCCCUGGCAUCGCAAGUGUGCAAUAUAGAUACAGUCGACUCAUUCAUCCACCUCAUCACCACCCAUACAUCACCCAAAGCCCACCUCCAUGACCAUGGCUACAGAGUAUAGAUCUGACAGCAGAGGCACUAAAACUCUACGCAAACAGCCGGAGAUAGAGGAGGCUGAUGAAGAGGAAAAUAGUCCAGGAUCUGACCAAUCGGAUGCCACGAUUGUAGCAGAAAAAGUAGAUGUCUGCCCAUUACAGUCAUACAGUGAAGCAGACUUGGCCACCAAAACAGAGGCUCUGUGUGAUGAGACCAACAAUCACACAUCACAUGUUCACCCUAAAAUCAAGCAGCUCACGCGGAGUCAGGCAUUUGAAGACCACUCUCCCCCGCCAGAACAACAAUGUUCCCAUAGCAGCCCGGACUUACCUGGAACCAAUGGCGUCUACAUCAAAACACAGACAUCGAAGGGGACAUUAGAGAAGACUGGAUCACAGAGUUCUGAGGCGGGUACCUCAUCCAGUUGGUCACGAGACUCCAGUCUAGACAAAGGAACGUAUAAAGACUCCACAGGCAUUAACCUUGAAGACUUCAUCAGAAAGACUAUGAACAAAACCCCCAAAGACAGAAACAUGCUCCUCAAAUUGGAGACUGACUUAACCAAUUUCAUUAAUGAACCAAAGCACCAUUACCUCAAAUUUCCACAGAUGUCCUCAUAUGAUCGUAUGUUAGUUCAUCGUAUUGCUGCCUUUUUUGGCCUUGACCACAAUGUAGACCAGACUGGCAAGUGUGUCAUAGUGAACAAAACCUCCAACACACGAGUACCCGAGUUUAACUUUAAAGAACACAUAGAUGCCAGGGACUCCCAGAAAAAAAUCACGGGGAUUAUGAGGAGGAUGGGUGUCGGCAGUCUGGAUGAGAAAGAGAGCUAUUCUAAAAGUCUGGAGAAACCCAUGUUAGGUCAGAAGAAAGCACAAUCAUUCGAGGAAAGGCAGCAACAGUACGAGAAAGUACGGCAGAAAAUUUUCAAUAGUUGUGACGAGCCUAUACAUUAUACUGAAGAGGAAGCACCACGCAUAAUCAAAAAACCAAAUCGGCCUUCUAGUCUUAGUAAAAGUAACAACGAUGGGCAGCCCUGGAGUAGCACCGACUCGAGUGGUUACGGUACAGAUUCCUCUGUCUCCCGGUCGCGAGGUGUUCCUAAAGCAAACAGCUUUGGGGGCCUGGGCACCGUGUCUUACAACAACCAGGCCUUAAAGUAUCCACACAAAUCUCUCAGCUUGUCUGUGGAGCCAUCGAGGAGUCCUAUACACAGUGGUAUGAGCAGUCCCAUGGGUCAGCGAACUUUACCUGCAGCUCCUACCCCUCCAGGCAGCCACUCGGACAGCUCGCCACUCUCACGCUGCAGCUCCUCCGGGCCUGUACAGUCCCCUCUCAGUACAGGCUACACUCCAGGGCCAGGUCAGGUGUAUUGGGUGGCGUCAGACAUACGUAACAUACCUGCGGGUAGUGUGGUUAUCAACCCCCAGACGGGCCUGCCGAUCUCCAACCCUGACGGCAGUCUGUACCACCACAUGCCAGGGCCGGCCCCUACAGGCCAGACAGUGUACACCUCACCCCAGUACUCCUCAGACGUCUGGACUCCUAGCUCAGAGACUCCUGCAGCCGAGCUGUGUCGCCACUUGUCUAUGGUAAGCAUUAAUCAGCCAUCGUUGGAUAGUGUGGAGGAGCCCCCGGGGCAGGCGGCGGGGACAGGGCUUCAGACGACGCAAUAUGUAUUGGGGGCCCAGCCCCAGGGACAGGUGCAACAACAGCCCACACAGGUUGUCCAGACUCAGUAUUACCCUGGUGGACAACAGGGCAUGGCGGGAACAGUGCGAUAUAUGUACCCUGUGAAUUAUCAAGUUCAAGGUCAGACCCAACAAGGUCAAGGACACCAAACAGUUGUUGGUAUGGACAACCAAACUUUUCCUCAAACUGGCAGCCAGUACCCUCCUCAGGUUACUGGGACGUACCAGGGGUUUCCGGCUAACGGGGCUCCAGCGGCUGCCCCUAAUGUAGAACAAUUCUCAUCAAGCAUUGCACAGAACACAUAUCCGGUGAUACCGCAGGGUGAGGGUAGUGUACAAACUUUCUCAUCGUACCCGUCUCAGUACAGCCAAAGUAAUUAUGGACAGCAGCCACAAGGCACCAUGUUCUACUCCAAUACCACCAAUCCCCAAAUGGGGACAGGCACAGGGUUCCAGUUUCAGCAGCCAUACCCUGGGCAAGGGAACACCUCGGUGACAAUGUCAAACCAAAGUGUUGCCUUACAGAACGUAGCACAGCCUGUAGGGCCGGCAGUUCCCACCCCAGGGCAGGCUGCGGCCGCUACUCCAACAACACCCCAGUACUUAUAUUCCACUGUUCCACAGUACCAGGGCUCCACACGACCAGCAAAUCCUCAGCUUUUACAUUUCCAUAAUGUACAAGCUCCGGGUCAGUCAUCACAAGCCCUGCCCAUGAUUCGAAAUAUGCAACUCAACAUGCAAUUUCCUGUACAAGUUACAGCCUUACAGCAGCAGCAACAACAACAACAGCAACAACAACAACAGCAGCAGCAGCAUCAUCAGGGAGGCAUGCCUGGCCAGAUGACCGUUAGUGCUAAAGGAUACCCUGUGGACUCUUCGUUACCCAAAGUGGAGGGUAUUGACAAUAAAGACUAUAUCAUGAGUGGCCUCACUAACUUGGGCACUGGUCUCUUGGCUGGUCCACCUAGACCAGCAGCACCUAUCAUUCGACCCACAGAUGUGCGCUUUAUAGGACAGACAGGAUUUCACCCACCAUUACAAGUUCCAUUUCCUUCACAGCCUUUGUCUCAUCAACCGCAGAAAAUUAGGGCGAGUACAGGACAGUCUGGUUCUAAGCAACAGCGACUGAAGAAAAGCAAAAGUAAGGAGGGACAGGACGGAUCUCUACACAGUCAAGACAGCACAGAACUACAGCAAAGCAAUGUGGUAGAAGUGUAUGAUCUACCUGGAGGGCUAAAGCGUUCAGAGGCAGAUAUCUAUCUGAAGGAUUUGGUGUCGUGUGGAGCGCAAGUCCAAUUUAUAAAUAUGGACGGUAGUCAUGGAGACCAUCCAAAUCUGACUAUUUCAAACUGUAAGAAAGUUUUAGCAAUAUUCCCUAGCUCUUCAGUGGCGAUGAAUGCUCUGCAAAAUCACAAGAGUGGAAACAACAGUAGCCGUUUCAAACUUCAGCUCACGAGCAGUACCACUUUAUCAACAGGGGCAGACCACUCUAAUAUAGGAGUCAAAAGUUAAUUUAAAAAAAUGUUUAAGUGAUUGCUAUUGUAUUUUUAUAUGAGAAGUUUUAAGAUAUUUUAUUGUGAAGAGCAGAAAUAUUAAAGACAUAAAAAAAAAAAAGAACUAUUUAAACCACAGAGGUGAAUUACUGUGUUCGUAUGAGAGUAUUAAAUAAUGUUAUCAUCUCGCCCCUUUACUAGAUUGUCAAACUUUCUGUGCCAUGAGAACUGUUGAUUUUGUCCGUUUCUUUGGUAGACUUUACAUAGUGAACCUUUGGGUUGAAGCAUCUGGUCGGUAUAAUUGUGCUUUCUCUCUAAGGCUCCUUUUUAUAUUAAUAUAUUAUAUGACUUAUUUCAAUCUGCUGUGUCACUUUUUUCUUUUUUUUUUUUUUUCAUUUUUUUUUUUCAUUUUUUUAGGAUUUUUGCUACCUUUUUACAUGUUGUAUGUAUGUGAUGAUUGGGAGAGGCGACUGAAGUGCAACUGAUCAUAUUUACUGCUACAGGAUUGGUUAGCCCUCUGUCACAUCUGAAUUAAUUUAUUACCUCUUUUUUCAAACAAAUGUUUCUGUACUAUGUGAUUUGAGGUAUAUUUACCUAGAGAUGAUCUAUAACAAAGUUAUUUUCCAAACAAAACAAUAUCUGAAGCAGUAUUGAUGAAUGCUAUGUCGUUGUAGUAUGCCUGUUUGGAAAAAUUGUGAGGCACUGGUACCAAAAACUCAUAACCAUUGGCCAUGUUGAAAUAUUUGUCAUCCACACAUCAAUUCCAUAAAAAAAACCACAUUCUGUUAUGAAUUACUGCAUUUAAAUGUUAAUAUUCAUUGUCUGGCCAUUUGAAAGCAAUUAUAAAAAGUAAAAAUAAAAAUGGAGAUUCCUAGCGGUUUAAAUCACGACCUAUCCAUACACCGCCAGUCAGCACAGGGUACCCAUACAUGGCGGAUGAAUGCCAUACUAGAAGCGACACGGUGGGUUUGGAAUUGUUGACAUUGUCACUUCACAAAUAUUGGAGAUUGCAUAGAUGUUGAUAAGGUCCUGAAACAAUGGCUAGUCAUGAUCAUGGAAAGGCCCUUAAAAAUCCUAAAACAUGGACAGAUUUUUAAUGAGUCUUGAAUUUGAAUGAGACUGAAUUACUUACAUACUAUGUUUUUAAUAUUUUUUUUUAAAUGGUGGUUUUGUAUUAAGAAAAUGUUUAAUGGGUUAGAAAUGGGAUAUAUUAAGAAAAUGUUUAAUGGGUUAGAAAUGGGAUAUAUUAAGAAAAUGUUUAAUAAUUUUGAUAAACAGCUGCUUGAGGCAUGCACAAUAAUUUUUCAAAAAUGUUGUUGUUUUUUUUCUCGAAUAAAUAAUUUAAACAGGGGAAAAUACUUAGGAUUCCCCCCAAAUGACUAGAAUUUCAUAGUAAAAAUUCUUUGAGGACACUGAUGUUGUUUGUGAUCCACCGCAGACUGCAAGAGAGCACUGGCCAAUACUAUCCCUCUCGUUCUGUCGUCAAACAAAUAUUGAUCUAUUGAAAGGUGUUGAGAUUUUGAGAAAGUGAGAAUGACUCAAUCAAAAUGAUGCUUACAUUAGAAUGUUAUGUAGUACGUUUUUCUUCUGUGUACUUAUGUUAAAGAGUUUAUUUAUACACGUGUUACGAUCCUGGUAAAUGAUUUCAGAACAAAGGAAGAAAGUAGCUCUGUAACAGAUAUAUAAGUGUCUUAUACAUUAAAAUGUGUUCAGGUGUCCAGCAGACCUCGAUAUACAUGCACAAGUCUACUCACACCUGCAUAUGUGUGGAGAAAUAUCUGUCAAAAUAGUACGUAGGAUUUUAGAAUUAAAACUUGAAACAUUCACAUAGAUGUUUAUUGAUGUUAAUAUUGACCUGUUGAUACCUACUGACUAGGCAUUACGUGUGUUAUCGGUGAGGAGAAGUUGAUGUGAUGUAGCAGUAUUUGACGUAAUAAAUAAAAGUCUAAUAUAGCAGAACACAAGAUGUAUGGGGUUUUUGUGUGUCUUAAUGCAUCAUGACAAAAUUGUGUAGAAAUGAAAAGUAAUCGUUUCAAAAUUAACUAGAUUUUAGAUACAGGAAGUGAAACACAUGAAGAAGAAUGAAGGUAUGUGAUUUAUAUACGUGUUUGGGGUUGCAUUGUAUUCCACAUGAAAAAUGUGACAGAAUGCUAUGUACAAAUGUUUGUGGAUUGGCAUACUUGGGGCAAGAUUGUUUUCUCUUAUUAGCUUAACAUAAGAAAGAAACAGCUUUAAGAUUUUGCCUUGAGGGAUUGUUGUUAGCGUAUUCGGUGAUUCUGAAGAAAGUCUCCUCUCCAAGUGAUUAUGAGUCAAUAUAGUCUAACAAGUCCGACUCACUUUUCAUUUGUGGGGUGUUUUGAAGGCGGGAGAAUGGGAGACCAAAUCAGAGUACAAAAGCAUUAAAUAUACCGUUGUUUGUCUAAAACGGUUUCCUGUUUAUCGUUUCAAUGCAAACAUUGCAAUAUAUGUUCAAUUUAAUUUAUAGUAUGAUGAAAAACCUGCAUAACUUGAUGUAUAAGGACAUUUUUUUUAAGUCACAUGGAGAUGAAAUAAUGGACAGCUAUAAAGGGGAGACAACCGAUGUAUAUUUGGCCUGAGAGAAGGUUGAAAUGAUGCAAUUUGGAUUAUAUAAAGGGGAGGCAACUCCUUAUGAACAUUCUUAGUAUGUUGGGUGAGAGAGAUUAAAUGCAGGGCAGACAACCUUUGUAUGUUAGGGUGAGUGAAGUCUUAAAUGAAAGGGAGACAAUUCUUGUAGGUAAAGAUGAGGUUUAAAUGAAAGGAAGACAUCUUUUGUAUGUAAGGGUGAGAGAUGGGUUAAAUGAAGGGGAGACAACUGUUGUAUGUAAAGGUGAGAGAUGUAAAUGAACCAGAGAAAACUGUUGUAUGUUAGGGUGAGAGACAGAUUAAAUGGAGGGGAGAAAAUUGUUCUAUGUAAGGGUAAGAGGUCUCACACAACUAAUUAUUUCACUUUAUGUUAUAUCCUCUCGAUUGCUGAUUUGAAGAUCAAAUGUUGUGAAACUUAUAUCAAAUUGAAAUUUGUAGAUUUCUCUACCGGAAAAAUAUCAUUGGAUAGGUUUAAAUGCAUAUAAGAGCACACCAGUACUUUGAAGACAGUAACUCUGAUAUUUAUAGUGGACUGGGGAAUUCCCACCUUUUUUACACCCGGAAUCCUACACGUUUCUAUUUUUACCAGGAGUGGAUAUUUUUAAUUUUCUUAAUCUCAAUACCUUAAUCAUUAUUAUCGUAUAUAGAAAUGACCCAUUUCACUUAUUAUUUACUCAGGAAAUAGCUACAAACCUAAGAAACACAUUUUCUUUAGGGACUUGGUUCACGUGAAACACCAGCUGAUUGGCUGGAUUAGUUGUGCGAGACCUUAAGAGACAGAUUAAAUGGAGGGGAGACAACUCCUGUAUGUUAUGGUGAGAGGUGACUAUAUGUUAGUGAUGUUAAAUCUUACCACAUAUCAUAGAAACAUCUGUACACUAACACUGUGGCUGAGGAGUCUGACACGGACUGCUCUCUUUUCAUGGUGAGACGAGCCCAAAGGAAGACAUCACUGUGUCGGUCAAGUGUCUUUCAAGGGAUUCCCUUGCUGGCCCAGAUAUCAGGGGACUCUCAUAAUGGCCGGGAUUAUAUUUUUUUUUUUUUUAGAUCAAGUCCAAGUUUAAAUGUUUGAUUUUUGACUACCAUAUCCAUAUGUGAUUUUACAUAUGUGUACAUGUAUGUGUACAUAAUGUGAAUCAUUUUGAGGUUGAUUUCAAACAGAAACGUUGAUCAUAAUUCAAUAUUUGAAAACCAAAAUCUAAAAAUGCUUUUUCAUGAUUUUGGGCCUGGUGUGAUACCAGUCUUGUGGAAAUGACUUUAGAGACAUGUUUUAUUAUACUCAAGCCUCGUCAGAUGUACGUUAAAAAAAAUGAUAUGAAAAAUAAAAACAGCAUCAAUCUUGUUCCUUCGGUCCUCUGUCCCUCUCGUCUGAUGAAGCUGAUAAUGAAACAUGCCAUCUUAAUACCAUGAUCAAGGUCUUUUGAAUACUUAAUGUCUUUUAUCAAAAUUAUUUAAUAAUAAAAUGUGACGUGUUCGAUUGUGUUGCCACUAUUUCUGUUAGCUGUAUUGCCAGCUAUUGGUUCUUCCCUAGUCCAAGCUGUACUGUGUUGACUUUCCCAGCUUUUAACCUCCAAUGUGAUAACUAAACCAGCUCAGUAUUACUGGAUUAGAUAAAACAAUUACUUCUUUGCUUCUAACUUCAGUCAUUUCUUGGUUCGAAAGGCAAGACUAAAAAUCAUCUAGUGUUAUUUCAAACAAUUUUUGUGGAACUAAAGCAAUUUGAUAUCUUGAGUAAAUAUAGUGGUAGGUUAUUUUGAUACAUACUCUCACACACAUUUGACUAUUUUAAAUUGUACUAAUCGGCCACAACAUAGUUCCGAGUUCUGUACUGUUUUCCGGAGUCAAAUUUUAGCUCAAAACCAAAUUCAAACAGAUCAUUAUUAUGAUGAAAUGGCGACCCACAAUACUUGCUAAAGAACAUUAUACAGAAACUACUAUAACCCCAAUCAUAAUUUAGCAGAUUACUUUCAGCGUGAAAAUUGCUAAAAUAAGAUUCUGGUAGUAACGACACCAUACUUUGAGUAUGUGGUCUACUGUAAAUGAAUGUUGUUUAGACUAAAUGGGUGUUGGUUGAUAAAACUAGACUCUUCCAAAAAGAAUAUGCCAAUGGGUCAAUCUUUUACACAUGCAUUUACAUACAUAGAUGUUAAAAGCACUGGAAAUUAGCAUAAAACUUUUUGUGUUCCAAAUGUCUGUUGCAAUUUACAAAAUGUAAUUGCUUUUUACUUAGUGCAUAUACUAUGUGUAAAUUGAUGAAAAGUGCAGUAGGAUUACAAGGGAGCCUAGUCUGUGUAACCAGAUGAAAAGUGCAGUAGGGUUACGAACGGAGCCUUUUGCAGAUAUACACCUGCUGAUGAUAAAAUUCUGUUGACAUUUUUAUCUAGUUUUCUAGUCUGAAUCUAUAAAACAUGAAGUACACUGUGAUUUGUAGCCUUCUUAAACCCCUGUUGUUUUACUAAGAUAUGUCAGUUGUCGUAAACCCAGGUCUCAAAAAUAAUAAAAUAAAAUAGAAUAUAGACGAAUAUGUUGUCAUUUAUUUUGGUUCAAGCAGCUUGGGAGAAGUUGAGCGGGGGUGCAUGUUGUAAUGCCAAGCAGGAUUGUCCCGAGUGUGAAUUCGUGUCCCUUCAAGCUGGUGACGGCACAACUUUCUAGACGAGUUAACUCCCUUUAUGUAGAUUGUCCAAACACUGAAAUCAUGACAAUGUUGAAACAAUUCAAGGAUGAAAGGUUUCGUAUGUAUUCAAUAGACACCUAAUUGUAUUGUGAUUGAAUGUAUGGACAUGAAACUUUUAUAAACUGUUACAUUGAAUGAGUAAACUAGGACAUGUGACGUUUGUGUACUUCAUUAGCAAGCUACCAUCAUCAGAUGGGCUGUUCAGAUCCCUUCCUCCAUGGACCGUCUUCAGUCCGUCGUCCAUCCCUCCAUCGUAAACAAUAAUUGUAAUCACAAUUUCUUGGGAAGUACAAGAAAUUUUUUUCUCAAAUUAAAAAAGGAUGACCGUCUCGGAUUUUGACAGUUGAAGUUGGUUAUCCUAUUUCUGUAUGGAUCGUUAAGGAAAUCUUUGUCUCCAACAGUGUAUGAUGAAAAGUACAAACUUAAAAACCAAUAAUUAUACAAUGGUGGGCGCCAAGACCCAUCCGAGAUCUCUUUUACAUUAUAUGUGACCCUUGACCUUUCAAAAGUUAUGCACCAGUACGUCAUAUCCUGUAUGAGACCCCUGAACUUUAACACUAGGUAUUUGUGACCUCUUGACCUUCAUAUGACCUUUCACAGACCCGCUUCCCUCUGUGAGAUCUAUGACCCUUCCUGACACGGCCCUGUGUACCAGUGCUUAUAUACUGUAGGUGGCGUACGUUGUGUAGUAGUCGGUUUAAGCUACUUUUUAUUUUGUUGAUUAAAAUUCUUUAUUGACAAUUUGAAAAAUA